AUGAGGCAUAGUGUUUUUUCUCUCACUCUUAUCCUCAUAACAAUCCAACUCCUAGUGAAAGCAGAAUCAAUAAGCAGAGCAGAUUUUCCAAAGGGGUUUAUUUUUGGAACUGCUUCUUCAGCUCACCAGUUUGAGGGAGCUGUUGAUGAAGGAAACAAAGGAGAUAGCAUAUGGGAUACUUUCUCUAGAAUCCCAGGGAGAAUUGUGGAUUUCAGUAAUGCAGACAUGGCAGUGGAUCAAUACCACCGAUUUGAGAAUGAUGUAAACUUGAUGAAGGAUUUGGGAAUGGAUUCUUACAGAUUUUCCAUAUCAUGGACGAGAAUUUUCCCAAACGGAACAGGGGAACCUAAUAAAGAGGGAAUAACAUACUACAACAACCUCAUUGAUGCUUUGCUUGAAAAAGGAAUCCAGCCUUUUGUUACUCUAUAUCAUUGGGACCUUCCACAAAUGCUUGAAGAUAAAUAUGAAGGAUGGUUAAGCACACAGAUCAUAAAAGAUUUUGAGCAUUAUGCCUAUACAUGCUUCAAAGCUUUUGGAGACAGAGUCAAGCACUGGAUUACCUUCAAUGAGCCUCAUAACUUUGCACUCCAUGGUUAUGAUUUAGGCAUUCAAGCACCAGGAAGAUGUUCUCUGUUAGGUCGUCUUCUAUGUAAGAAGGGAAAAUCAUCCACUGAGCCAUACGUUGUUGCUCAUAACAUUCUCUUAUCUCAUGCUGCUGCCUACAGAAGCUACCAACUAAAUUUCAAGAAACAACAAGGAGGUCAAAUAGGAAUAGCACUAGAUGUUAUUUGGUAUGAACCAAUAACAGAACUUGAUGAAGACAAAGAUGCAGCAGCAAGAGCUAUGGACUUCUCACUUGGAUGGUUUCUAGAUCCACUUUUCUUUGGAAAAUAUCCUCUCUCAAUGAAGAAACUUGUAGGCAAGAGAUUGCCAGAGAUUUCUGAUGCAACCUCGAAGUGGCUUGUGGGGUCUUUGGAUUUUAUUGGCAUAAAUCAUUACACCUCAGUCUAUACUCGUAACGAUAGGACUAGGAUUCAUAAAUUGGUUAUGCAAGAUGCUAUUUCUGAUGCUGCUGUUAUUACAACCGCAUACCGAAGAGGAGCUGCAAUUGGAGAAAAGGCAGCUUCAAGUUGGCUGCACAUUGUCCCAUGGGGCAUCCGAAAGUUGGUGAAACAUGUGAAAGACAAAUAUGGGGACACACCAGUGAUUAUAACAGAGAAUGGAAUGGAUGAUCCAAGCAAGCCCUUUAUGACCUUACAAAAGGCAUUAAAAGAUGACAAGAGGAUAAGAUACCAUAGAGACUAUCUCUCAAACCUAUCUGCUGCUAUAAGGCAAGAUGAUUGCAAUGUACGAGGUUACUUUGUAUGGUCAUUGCUAGACAAUUGGGAAUGGAACAUGGGAUACACUGUACGUUUUGGACUCUACUAUGUGGAUUUCAAGAACAAUCUUACUAGGAUACCAAAAGAUUCUGUGCAAUGGUUCAAAAAUGUGCUCAGAAUAGAAACAGAAAAGAGAAAGUCAACCUAUGAAAAUCAUACACACAAAUAUACUAAAGCAAUUAUUGACUGGGCCGGUAUGUCUUCUUGCAAGUCGUCUCCAACACCGGUUGACACCAAUGCUAAGAUGUGUUUACAUAUGUAUGAUUCGAGGGUGGUCCAUAUGCAAGCUCUCAAACGUUGUUAUCCGUCCUCCAAGCGUCAAUCUACACUCUCUUGGUCUAGUGCAGAGGCCGAGUAUAGGGGUAUUGCUAAUUUGGUUUUUGAGUCGUAUAUCAUUGUGCUGUGCAGGAAAGGAUCCAGAUUCCUUCAGCGCCACCAUUACCACACCACUAUAAAUCCUUCCACGGACCCAAAUAUUUUGUUGCUUUUUGCAUAUCUUUCACUUGCACUUCCAGUCUUCUUCUUCUUCUUCAAAUCAAAUAUACCCCACAGGAACAACCCUACAAAAAGGCACACUCAAUUCCUUCCCUCCCUUAGUUUUCCAAAAAUAAAAAAUAAAAAACUUGGGAACAGUUUCGAUUGUUUCUCUGAUACCCUUCAACGAUUCUCGCAGCAGCAUCCGCACGCAGAGUUAGUGAGUGUCGUUCUUCUUCGGUUCAUUGCCCCAAUGAAACGUGGGUAUCAGGAAUCUCCUUCGACCUCGGUAGGUCCACCUCAAUCCAGAGCUAGGCAUGACACUCAAGGUGAUGCACACUUUCUUGAGGAUGAAAGCACAAAAAUUUUUGCUCGGAAAGUGGCUGAUCAUUACAGUGCACGAUCCAACCAGACCUUGGAAGAACGGGAGGCUAGUCCAAUAAUUCAUUUGAAGAAACUUAAUAACUGGAUUAAGAGCGUCUUAAUUCAGCUUUAUGCCCGACGAGGAGAUGCAGUACUUGAUCUCGCCUGUGGCAAGGUGUUAAUGGGUGGUGAUCUUAUCAAAUGGGAUAAGGCCAAAAUUGGAUAUUAUGUUGGUAUUGACAUUGCUGAAGGUUCGAUCAAAGACUGCCGAACACGCUACAACGGUGAUGCUGACCAUCAUCAGCGACGUAAAAAGUUUACAUUUCCUGCCCGCCUUAUAUGUGGAGAUUGUUAUGAGGUUCGCUUGGACAAAGUUCUUGCAGAUGAUGCUCCUUUUGAUAUUUGUAGUUGCCAGUUUGCAUUGCAUUACUCAUGGUCUACAGAGGCCCGUGCCCGCCAAGCAUUAGCUAAUGUGUCAGCUUUACUUCGCCCAGGAGGCAUUUUCAUUGGAACUAUGCCUGAUGCCAAUGUGAUUAUCAAGAAGCUUCGAGAAGCUCAAGGAUUAAGUUUUGGUAACAGCGUCUAUUGGGUGCGUUUUGAUGAAGAAUUUUCUGAUAAGAAAUUUAAAUCUUCCAGCCCUUUUGGAAUAAAGUACACAUUCCAUUUGGAGGAUGCUGUGGAUUGUCCUGAAUGGAUUGUCCCCUUCCACAUAUUCAAGUCAUUAGCUGAAGAGUAUGAAUUUGAGCUUGUUUUCGCAAAGAACUCACACGAAUUUGUGCACGAUUAUAUGAAAAAACCGGAAUUUGUGGAGCUCAUGCGGAGACUAGGUGCAUUGGGAGAUGGCAACCAAGAUCAUAGUACACUCUCAGCUGAUGAAUGGGAGGCAGCAUAUCUAUACAUGUCAUUUGUAUUGAGAAAGGUUAUUCCUGUAAUGACACAGCGAGGUCAACCUGACAAAAGCCAACAGGGUGGCAGGAAGGAUCGAGGGUCGAUGCACAUUUCAGAGGAAGACAUCAUGUUCAUUACUGAUUGA